CCCUUCCAUUUGGGAAGAAACAGGCCUGCCUGCUAGAGGAACUGAGUAUUCAGAAUCCAAAGGAGCAGAGAGGAGAGAGAAAAGGAGCCAGAGAGACACUGGAAAAGGAGAACGAAGCACUCAAAUCAAGACAAAAGUCGUAGCCUGAGAAGAAAAGGGAGUAGAACCUGCAGGUGCCAUGAAAGGUGUCACUUUCCCAGUAACUGUUAUGCUUCUGAUACUGGUGCCCAGCUCCCAGCCUGUCUAUGUCCAGGAGGGGGAAUUUUCGUUCCCGCUAGAGGCUGUGAAGAAGCUGAAGGAACUCUUGGCUGUGGACACCACAGCCAGUCUCCGUAUGAUGGCUAGGACAAAUUUCAUUUCUGUGUGUGCAAACCUGGAGCUGCCCAAAGAAUUUCAGCCCAUAUGUCAAAGGGAAGAUGCACCCAUCAUUUUUAACAGGCUGAAUGUGGCUGUCCAAGACAUGGAUAUAUGUGAAAUCUGCUCCAAUGCAGCCUGCACUGGUUGUCGCUGAGGAAGGAUGAAGCCACAUAUAUGGGGCCAGCCAAGCCCUGCAAUCUCUGCAUUUAUCCUGCAGCAUCGUUUGCACUGGCAAAACUAUUCUCUUUUAGUCCAAGUCUCCACUACCACCUACUUUGGUAUAACUUAUGUGGCUCGGGGGUGUGAAUAAGCCACCCCUUGAGCGACGUAAGUUACACCAACCUAAGCGGUGGGAGAGCUUCUCCCACCGACACAGCGACUGCCUCUUGCAGAGGUGGAUUUAUUAUGCUGAUGGGAGAGCUGUUCACCAGAUGCAGUGCAGCUGUGCCAAUGUAGUGCUUCUAGUGUAGACUAGCCCUGAGAAACACGAACAAGAUCCCCUUCUAACACCCAUGCCCGGGUCACAGCUUCACUUUCCUCAGAGCUUUGACAGGAUGGGUGGGAGGUUUGGGGAAUCAUAUCAUCUCCUGUAAAAACCUUGUGAGGUCUAACUCCGUGUGUGAUUGUCUUCACCUGCACUCGUGGGGUUAAAGACAGGAUCGGUUCAGUGUCCAUUUAGUUGUCUUAAUGUUGCUGAUCAGCCUGAACCAACCACCUGUCCUGCCGCCCUCUGCAACCCCCCCGUACCCCACCACCCAAUAUUUUCCCCCACAAGAAUUUUUCCCAGGAGGACCCUGUGACCUGACCCCAGCAAUGAUAAAUUCCUUUGCAUAGGUGCUGAGCUGCAGAAUACUGAUGAUCUACCACUGGCAAGGGGGGCUUUCUCCUCCUGCCCAGGGCAGCAUCAGCAGUUUCUUUCUCUGCUUGGCAGUGCUUGGCCCCCAAGCUUAGAGGCAAGCCGCUCUCAUUGUUGCUGGGUUUGGGUUAUGGGAAUCCAGGAUUCCAGAACAUUUCCCUUUCUUUGUGGUAUCUGUUUUUCUAUUGAUGCAAGAGGCUACUCAAGGGAGACCUUUCUAUAACCUGGUUGGGUUCUGGCAGGUUGAUGGUUAGUUGCUAGGCUCCUCACACCACUCCUAUCUUUUCUUUAAUGCUUAAGUUAUGUACGUGGAGUAAAGGAUUUGUGCAUAACAUUGUUCUGGCUGUGUGCAUAUGUCUUCCUGGGUGUUAAAUGUAUGUGCACCCCUAUGAUGUGGAUGAGUUUAUAAUAAAGCUCUAUAAUUU